GAAGCAACCGGGCACAGGCACGGGCACCGCCGCCCUCUCCCCGGGCACAACGAGCGACAGACAGACAGACAGGGAGAGCGCCAGAGAGGACAGCCAGCUGCCAAGAUAUACGUGACCUUGACUUCUAAUUAUUGAACCUAUUCUCCUGGGAGAACCGAAGAGAGAUUACACCUGACCUAUUUUGAGAAGCCCCAAAAUAAUGAAGACUUGCUACUGCCUUACCCUAUGUAUCUGGACUUGUAUGCUUCAAACAGUUCACUCCACCCAGUUACAAGAAAGGAUUCCCUGGUAUUCCCAACCACCAAGGAUUGUGGGACUGUCUGGAAACGACAAACAAGUGCUUCAUCGUGUCAAAAGAGGAUGGAUGUGGAAUCAGUUCUUUCUUCUGGAAGAGUACACAGGCACAGACUCUCAGUAUGUAGGGAAGCUACACACCGACCAAGAUAAAGGAGAUGGAAACUUAAAAUACAUCCUCACAGGAGACGGGGCAGGCAGCCUGUUUGUCAUAGAUGAAAACACAGGUGAUAUUCACGCAGCCAAGAAGUUGGACCGGGAAGAGAAGGCCUUGUAUGUGCUGCGAGCCAAGGCCAUAGACAGAAAGACAGGAAGACAGGUGGAGCCAGAGUCGGAGUUUAUCAUUAAAAUCCAUGAUAUCAAUGACAACGAACCCAAAUUCGGCCAGGACGUUUACACAGCCAGCGUACCUGAAAUGUCAGCAGUUGGCACCUCGGUAAUUCAAGUGCUGGCCACCGACGCUGAUGAUGCUAACUAUGGAAACAGCGCCAAAAUAGUGUACAGCAUACUACAAGGACAGCCGUACUUUUCAGUGGACCCCGAUUCAGGCAUCAUUAAAACGGCGCUGCCAGACAUGAGCAGGGAAAACAGGGAACAGUACCAAGUGGUCAUCCAGGCCAAGGACAUGGGCGGCCAGAUGGGGGGACUAUCGGGGACCACCACCGUGAACAUCACUCUGACCGACGUCAACGACAACCCUCCACGCUUCCCCCAAAGCACUUAUCAGUUUCGUUGCCUGGAAUCCAUGCCACUUGGUACCUCUCUGGGGCGGAUCAAGGCGAACGAUCCUGACCUGGGCAGCAACGCGGAGAUGGCCUACGGAGUGACUGAAGGAGAUGGCGCCGACCUGUUUGAGAUCAUCACCGACAAGGACACCCAGGAAGGGAUUUUAACUGUCAAAAAGCAGUUAGAUUUUGAAAACAAAAUGCUCUACACUCUAAAGUUGGAAGUACGCAACACCCAUCUAGACCCACGUUUCUAUCACCUGGGACCAUUCAAGGACACGGCCCUGGUCAAAAUCUCCGUGGAAGAUAUCGAUGAGCCCCCUGUGUUUAGCAACAAUUCAUAUUUACUAGAAGUACACGAAGAUGCCAAAGAAGGCAGUAUUAUAGGGCAGGUCACCGCUCGAGAUCCGGAUGCCAUCAAGAAUUUAAUCAAAUACUCUGUGGACCGACAUUCUGAUAUGGACAGGAUGUUCAAUAUCCACUCGGGAAAUGGGUCAAUUUUCACAUUGAAGUCCCUUGACAGAGAAGCAUCUCCUUGGCACAACAUUUCCAUAAUAGCCACUGAAAUCCAUAACCCAAAGCAAAGCAGCCACGUUCCAGUUUUCAUCCGGAUUUUGGACAUAAAUGACCAUGCCCCAGAGUUUUCCAGAUAUUACGAAACCUUUGUCUGUGAAAAUGCAAAACCAGGACAGUUGAUUCAGACUAUCAGUGUUAUGGAUAAAGAUGACCCCCCUCAGGGACACAGAUUCUUCUUUGAAUCAGUACCAGAAUUUCCUCUUAACCCAAACUUCACUAUCAUAGAUAACAAAGAUAACACGGCAGGAAUCGUGACUCGGAAAGAUGGGUAUAGCCGCGGGCAGAUGAGUGUCUACCUCCUGCCCGUUUUAAUAUUUGACAACGACUACCCAAUCCACAGCAGCACGGGGACGCUCAGCAUCCACGUAUGCUCCUGUGACCGCCGAGGAAACAUACAAUCCUGCAACGCUGAGGCCUUGAUCCUGUCGGCUGGCCUGAGCAGAGGGGCUCUCAUCGCUAUCCUCCUAUGUAUCAUCAUCCUGCUCAUUUUAGUGGUACUGUUUGCUGCACUGAAGAGACAGAGGAAAAAGGAGCCAUUGAUCAUUUCAAAGGAUGACGUUCGAGAUAACAUUGUGACGUACAACGACGAAGGUGGUGGAGAAGAAGACACCCAAGCUUUUGACAUUGGGACCCUGAGGAAUCCGGAAGCCAGGGAAGAGAGCAAACUGCGCAGAGAUGUCAUGCCAGAAACCAUCUAUCAAAUAAGGAGGACUGCCCCACUGUGGGAAAACAUCGAUGUGCAGGAUUUCAUUCACCGACGACUGAAGGAGAAUGACACGGAUCCAACCGCCCCGCCUUACGAUUCCCUAGCCACUUAUGCUUAUGAAGGGAACGCCUCGAUAGCGAGUUCGCUCAGCUCCCUGGAGUCUCUCACAGUGGAUGGGAACCAAGAUUACGGCUACCUCGGGGAGUGGGGACCCCGGUUUAAAAAGCUUGCAGAUAUGUACGGGGGAGAGGACAGUGACCAAGACUGACCCCUGGCCCUGGUGCGAUAUUCGUGGAUGUAGCGUCUUUGUUCCUCAGUUCCGUGGCCUGCCAUCUCCUAUUUGAGCGAAAUGAAAUGGAAUCCAAAAGU